UAAGAAAGUAGUCAAAAUACUGUCUGUUAGUGUGACACCGCUGGAGACACAAAUACCAGAGGAUGCUCCUAUGAACCUUCCUCUUUCAUACGUGUCAGAGCCACAAGAUAACAAAGAUGAAGUUCAAGUCACUCUCUCAGUCAAGUGGUCAGAGGGAGUUCAACUGCAGAAAUAUAGAUCAGAACUGCAGAAAGUUCUUCAGAUUUGGUUCAACAACAACAAAGAAUUCAAAGGAAAAUGCAACGUUAUAAAUGCUAAAGAUGGGAGCGCUGUGGUCCAUCUCAAACCCGCUCUAGCCGCGAGUGAGCUUCAGAAACUGAGUGGACAAACACUGACCAACAAAGAUAAGAAAGUAGUCACAAUACUCUCUGUUAGUGUGACACCGCUGGAGACACAAAUACCAGAGGAUGCUCCUAUGAACCUUCCUCUUUCAUACGUGUCAGAGCCUCAAGAUGAGCAAGUGCAACUGGGGGAGCAGAGUAGUGCAGCUUCCACAGCAGGAGAGGAGACAUGUUCUGUCCCAGUGGGCCUUUUCUGGUACGUGAACCACAUCUACAAAGAGGAAAUGAACCGUAUAGUGAAAGAGAACGGAGUUAAAAUGGAGGCAGAAGUAAAGGUGACAUUUCAAGCCAACCGGAAAGAUGCAGGCCCACAAAAAGCUCUCAACGAGUUCAUUAGCCUUGUCCAGAAGUGCUUAGGUGAAUCAGAUGGCUCCCCUAUUCCUCUCAAGAACGUAGAUCCAGAAGAGUGGAAGAACGUGCUGAAAAUCGCCCAGACGAAGGAGAUCAAGCUUUUGCUUACUGUAUCCUCUGAAGAAAUGACCGCAUGUGGGCCAAUGCAGAGUCAAGAUGCCAUCAAAAAGUCCCUAAGUGCAGCAAUAAGUACCAGCACUUCUGUUGGAGAGUCUACCUGGGCGUCUCAAGACACAAUGCUGAACACGAGCAUCAAAGACCCUCUCGUCAGUACUGGACUAACCAUGGAGGAGAGCUACUGGAAGCUGAUGACGACUUCCUUCAGUGAGCAGCCUCUGAUGACUUCAUCAAAGAACAAAGAUGAAGUUCAAGUCACUCUCUCAGUCAAGUGGUCAGAGGGAGUUCAACCGCAGAAAUCUAAAACAGAACUGGAGAAAGUUCUUCAGAGUUGGGCCAACAACAACAAAGAAUUCGAUGGAGACUGCACAGUUUUAAGUGUCUCGGAAGAUGGGAGCGCUGUGGUCCAUUUCAAACCCGCUCCAGCUGUGUGUGUGCUUCAGAAACUGUGUGGACAAACACUGACUAAGAAAGAUAAGAAAGUAGUCACAAUACUCUCUGUUAGUCUGACACCGCUGGAGACACAAGUACCAGAGGAUGCUCCUAUGAACCUUCCUCCUUCAUACGUGUCAGAGCCUCAAGAUGAGCAAGUGCAACUGGGGCAGCAGAGUAGUGCAGCUUCCACAGCAGGAGAGGAGACAUGUUCUGUCCCAGUGGGCCUUUUCUGGUACGUGAACCACAUCUACAAAGAGGAAAUGAACCGUAUAGUGAAAGAGAACGGAGUUAAAAUGGAGGCAGAAGUAAAGGUGACAUUUCAAGCUGACCGUAAAGAUGCAGGCCCACAAAAAGCUCUCAACGAGUUCAUUAGCCUUGUCCAGAAGUGCUUAGGUGAAUCAGAUGGCCCUCCUAUUCCUCUCAAGAACGUAGAUCCAGAAGAGUGGAUGAACGUGCUGAAAAUCGCCCAGACGAAGGAGAUCAAGCUUUUGCUUACUGUAUCCUCUGAAGAAAUGACCGCAUGUGGGCCAAUGCAGAGUCAAGAUGCCAUCAAAAAGUCCCUAAGUGCAGCAAUAAGUACCAGCACUUCUGUCGGAGAAUCUACCUGGGCGUCUCAAGACACAAUGGUGAACAUUGGCACGAACAUCAAAGACCCUCUCGUCAGUACUGGACUAACCAUGGAGGAGAGCUACUGGAAGCUGAUGACAACUUCCUUCAGUGAGCAGGUAGCUAAGAUCAAAACCAAGUUCGGCGUCGACUUUAAAGAAUCAGGCGUCAGCCAAGGCAAAGUCAAAGUCAAAGCUUGCUACAAAAGCUCUGGAGGAAACGCGUCAAUGGAGAGCCACGCUGUCAGAGCUCUCCUUCAUCUGUACCAGAAGAUCGCCACAGUCAAGAUGCCAUCAAAAAGUCCUUAUUGUUUUGCUCUGUGUUUCAGGAAGAAGACUGUCAACAUGUCAGGCAAUGAUACAGAGGAGCCCAUGGAGAGAGUGAUUGACAGCUGCUCAGAGACGACAGGCUCCAGAUCAGCUCUGAUUGGCUGUUUUCCUCUGGUCUGUGAAAUUUUGCAGAUGCUUGUACACCAGCAGACACAGGAGGACACUGGAGAACACCAGAAGACACCGGAGUACACCGGAAUACACCAGAGGACACAGGAGGACACUGGAGUACACCAGAGGACACCGGAGUACACCGGAAUACACCAGAGGACACCGGCGGACACCGGAAUACACCAGAGGACACAGGAGGACACCGGAGUACACCUGAGGACACCAGAGGAAACCGGAGGACACCGGAGUACACCGGAGUACACCGGAGUACACCGGAGGACACUGGAGGACAUCGGAGGACACCGGAGGACACCGAAGGACACAGAGGCUCUGAUGACUUCAUCAAAGAAGAAAGAUGAAGAAGUUCAAGUCACUCUCUCAGUCAAGUGGUCAGAUGGAGUUCAACCGGAGAAAUAUAAAUCAGAACUGCAGAAAGUUCUUCAGAGUUGGGCCAACAACAACAAAGAAUUCGAUGGAGACUGCACAGUUAUAAAUGCUAAAGAUGGGAGCGCUGUGGUCCGUCUCAAAACCGCUCCAGCCGUGAGUGAGCUUCAGAAACUGAGUGGACAAACACUGACCUACAAAGACAAAGAUAAAGCAGUCACAAUACUCUCUGUUAGUCUGACACCGCUGGAGACACAAGUACCAGAGGAUGCUCCUAUGAACCUUCCUCCUUCAUACGUGUCGGAGCCACAAAAUGAGCAAGUGCAACUGAGGGAGCAGAGUAGUGCAGCUUCCACAGCAGGAGAGGAGACAUGUUUUGUCCCAGUGGCCCAUUUCUGGUACUUGAACCACAUCUACAAAGAGGAAAUGAACCGUAUAGUAAAAGACAACGGAGUUAAAAUGGAGGCAGAAGUAAAGGUGACAUUUCAAGCCGACCGGAAAGAUGCAGGCCCACAAAAAGCUCUCAACGAGUUCAUUAGCCUUGUCCAGAAGUGCUUAGGUGAAUCAGAUGGCUCCCUUAUUCCUCUCAAGAACGUAGAUCCAGAAGAGUGGAAGGACGUGCUGAAAAUCGCCCAGACGAAGGAGAACAAGCUUUUGCUUACUGUAUCCUCUGAAGAAAUGACCGCAUGUGGGCCAAUGCAGAGUCAAGAUGCCAUCAAAAAGUCCCUAAGUGCAGCAAUAAGUACCAGCACUUCUGUCGGAGAGUCUACCUGGGCGUCUCAAGACACAAAGCUGAACACGAGCAUCAAAGACCCUCUCGUCAGUAGUGGACUAACCAUGGAGGAGAGCUACUGGAAGCUGAUGACGACUUCCUUCAGUGAGCAGGUAGCUAAGAUCAAAACCAAGUUCGGCGUCGACUUUAAAGAAUCAGGCGUCAGCCAAGGCAAAGUCAAAGUCAAAGCUUGCUACAAAAGCUCUGGAGGAAACGCGUCAAUGGAGAGCCACGCUGUCAGAGCUCUCCUUCAUCUGUACCAGAAGAUCGCCACAUCACCUAUGAGGCUCCCCCAGUACCACGGUGCCACCGGGUUCAACGGCUCGCUGUCAGAGGGAGCCGCCGGUGGACCUGUGUCGAAUGGACAACCGGGAUACAGCGCCGAUGCACCCGCAGGAGGCGGAGCAGCAGCAGCAGGAGGAGACGAUAAAGACGAAACCUGUCCUAUAUGCAUGGACACAUUUACCAAUAAGAAACAGCUCAAGUGCAAACAUGAAUUUUGUGAAGAAUGCCUGAAACGUUCAACGGAAACCAUGGGACCCACCUGUCCUGUUUGCAAAGAUAUGUUUGGUGUGAUGGAGGGAGACCAGCCAGACGGAAAAAUGACGUGGUGUUAUGGUAACUCAUCCCUCGAAGGAUUCUCAGGCUGCGGCACUAUAACCAUCAACUAUAAUAUUGAAAGUGGAACGCAGACGGAAAAGCAUUCAAAUCCUGGACAGCACUAUUAUGGUAUUAGCAGAACAGCAUAUCUGCCUGACAACAAAGAGGGCAAAGAAGUGCUGCGCCUGCUGAAGAAAGCGUUUGACCAGAAGCUCAUUUUCACUGUCGGCACAUCCAGAACGACUGGGAGGGACAACCAGGUGACCUGGAACGACAUCCACCACAAGACCUCACCGUCUGGUGGAGCAGAAUGUUUCGGGUAUCCUGACCCGAACUACCUGAGCAGAGUCCGGGAUGAGCUCAAGGCUAAAGGCGUCGAGUGAAGACUUCGAUACAAACUGGAUGAGGAGAGUUGGUUUCACACAAAAAAAAUUAAGAUGAUUAUGCAAAACAAGCAAUCACUGAAUGCACAUACUGUUGUAUACAAAACAAUGUUUCUCUUCUUCUCUUAUAAUGUUUCAUAUUAUCAGUAAGGGUCACUUUGAGGUGCACUAGACAGCAUUUAUAGUUUAAGAUUUCAACAUGUAUUAUCUUCACUUAUUAAUCAUAACUUUCUUUGACAGAGGAUUUCCUAAAUUUUUUUGUUGAUUGAUACAUUUUCUCAACUUCUAACAGCAUAAGAAUGACAUUUGCAUAAAUAAAUUGAACUUUAUAUGUAAAGUAAAGAUGAUUUGAUUUACUGUUUAACUGCCUAAUAAAUGAUUAAAUCAGCCCA